AAAUCGAUACCUAAUCAUUUAAAAGAAUUUGGGCUAAACUGUUUCAAUGGACCCAUGACGACAACAUGCCCAACAAAUUACUACCCAAAACAAUUCAAGUCUACAUAUCAACCUCCCCGCCUAUCGCCGGCGCCGAACACGUGCCCUGAUUACUUUCGGUGGAUUUACGAAGAUCUCCGGCCAUGGACAUCAACCGGAAUCACGCUAGAGAUGGUGGAAAGAGCCAACAGAACAGCCAACUUCAGAUUAGUGAUUAUAAACGGAAGGGCUUACGUUGAGGUUUACGAAAAGGGUUUUCAAAGUCGAGAUACUUUCACUCUAUGGGGGAUCCUACAGUUGUUACGAAGGUUCCCGGGCAAAAUUCCUGAUCUAGACCUCAUGUUUGACUGUGUUGACUGGCCGGUCAUCCGGUCUACCGAUUACACUCCCGGACCCAAUUCAAUCAGCCCACCACCUCUCUUUCGAUUCUGUGGCGAUAACAACACUUUCGACAUUGUCUUUCCCGAUUGGUCGUUCUGGGGAUGGCCUGAAACGAACGUAAGGCCAUGGGAACGCUUAUCGAGAGACAUAAUUUCAGCAAACCAGAGAACUCCAUGGAAAGAUCGCGAUCGUUUUGCGUAUUGGAAAGGUAAUCCUUUCGUUGCCGGAAAACGGAUGGAACUUCUUAAAUGUAACGUUUCCGCUGAACACGAAUGGAAUGCUCGGAUCUACGUCCAGGACUGGCCUUCAGAAGUAAAGCAAGGGUUCAAAAAUUCAAGCCUCACUAAGCAAUGCAAUCAUAGGUACAAGAUUUAUAUCGAGGGGUCAGCUUGGUCAGUUAGUGAAAAAUACAUUAUGGCUUGUGAUUCUGUAACCCUAUAUGUGAAGCCGCAAUACUACGACUUUUUCUCAAGGGGGUUAAUGCCUAUGCGCCAUUAUUGGCCCAUACGCAAUGACAACAAAUGCAUGUCGAUAAAGUUUGCAGUUGCUUGGGGAAACAGUAACGAGCAUAAGGUUGAGUUGAUAAGGAAAGCGGGAAGUAAAUUUAUACAAGAAGAUUUGACAAUGGACAAUGUGUACGAUUACAUGUUUCAUUUGUUGAAUGAGUAUGCAAAGCUUUUAAAGUAUAAGCCAAAGGUUCCACCUCGGGCAGUCGAGCUAUGUUCUGAGAGCAUAGCUUGUAGUGCCCAAGGGCUUAGUAUGGCCUUCAUGAUGGAAUCGUUGGUGAAGAACGGUACAAGUGAUGUAGCACCAUGUACAAUGCCCCAACCUUAUGACCGCUCUACGCUUGAUGCUAUUCUUAAAAGAAAAGAAAAGAUAUUAAGAGGAGUGGAGAAAGUGGAAAAGUUCUAUUGGAAUUGGCAUUCUUGAUUGUCCAUGAUAUCCAUUUGUAAAAUUUCAUUUUUUUUUUGUUUGGUAAUUAGAUUUUUGUACUUUAGUUAUGUGUAUUUUGUUUUUAGAACUACAAA